AUGUCUCCAUCUAGGUUGGUUUUUGGAAAACGAUGUCAAAUUCCCGUGGAAUUGGAACACCGUGCAAUUUGGGCGGUAAAACAAUGCAACUUUAACAUUGAUGAGGUGGAAAGGCAUAAGAAGCUUCAACUUCAAGAGUUAGAGGAGUUGAGAAAUGACUCCUAUGAAAACUCAAGAAUUUACAAGGAGAGGACAAAUCUUUUCCAUGACAAGUCCAUUAACCGCAAGAAUUUCGAACCGGGACAUAGUAUAUUGCUUUUCCAUUCGCGAUUCAAAUUAUUUCCUGGAAAGUUGAGGUCAAGAUGGAUAGGUCCGUUUGUUGUGUUAAAAAGUCUUUGA